CCAAUUGGAACACAGAUAAGCGGGUAGACCGAGCGCACGGAGGGAGUUCUCAGGGCCGCCGGCGCGGUACUCCCGCGGCAGGGGCGUGGAGGGCAGGGGCGGCCGGCCUCACUUACAAACAUGGCUCAGAACAGAGACGGCGGGAACCCGUUCCCUGACUCCGGCGAGCUUGACAAUCCCUUUCAGGACCCAGCUGUGAUCCAGCACCGACCCAGCCAGCAGUAUGCCACGCUUGAUGUGUACAACCCUUUUGAGAACCGAGAGCCCCCGCCAGCCUAUGAGCCUCCUGCCCCAGCCCCAGCCCCUUUGCCGCCACCCUCAGCUCCCACUGUACAGUCCUCAAGGAAGCUCAGCCCAACAGAGCCCAAGAACUAUGGCUCCUACAGCACUCAGGCUUCUGCUGCAGCUGCCACUGCGGAGCUGAUCAAGAAGCAGGAGGAGCUCAACCGGAAGGCAGAGGAGUUGGACCGCCGGGAGCGAGAGCUGCAGCAUGUUGGCCUGGGUGGCACAGGUACUCGACAGAACAACUGGCCUCCCCUACCAUCUGUUUGCCCAGUCCAGCCUUGCUUUUUCCAGGACAUCUCCAUGGAGAUCCCACAAGAAUUCCAGAAGACUGUGUCCACCAUGUACUACCUCUGGUUGUGCAGCACUUUGGCUCUUGUCCUGAAUUUCCUGGCCUGCCUGGCCAGGUUCUGUGUGGACACCAGCAGUGGGUCCGGCUUUGGGCUGUCCAUGCUCUGGCUCCUCCUCUUCACCCCCUGCUCCUUCGUCUGCUGGUACCGCCCGAUGUAUAAGGCUUUCAGGAGUGAUAGUUCAUUCAAUUUCUUCGUUUUUUUCUUCAUUUUCUUCGUCCAGGAUGUGUUCUUUGUCCUCCAGGCCAUUGGCAUCCCAGGGUGGGGCUUCAGUGGCUGGGUGUUCGCGAUUGUGGCGGUGGGCACCAACCCAGCCGUGGCUGUGCUCAUGCUGCUUGUUGCCCUGCUCUUCACUGGCAUCGCCGUGCUGGGGAUUGUGAUGUUGAAGCGGAUCCACUCCUUGUACCGCCGAACAGGUGCCAGCUUUCAGAAAGCCCAGCAGGAGUUUGCUGCUGGUGUCUUCUCCAACCCUGCGGUUCGGACUGCUGCUGCCAAUGCAGCCGCCGGGGCUGCUGAAAAUGCCUUCAGGGCCCCAUGAUGUCCCCUGGGAUGCCCUGGCCCUCUCCCUGGAGUCUCAGGGGUUUGGGGAGGCAUUGCUACUUAAUAACUUCUAUGGGGCUCUUAAUUCCACAGCCACGAAUCUAAACCUGACUUGGAGGUUUGGGGAGCCCACUGUGACUCAGUCAUCACUUGCCUUUAUCCCCCAUCUGGCGACACUGCUGCCACCUCUCACAUACCCCAAACCCAGAUUCCCUCUGCUGUGCCAAGGAUGUCUCUUCCGUUAUUUAAAUUAAAAA